AUGUUAGCUGAACCUGUGCUCAGACACCUCACUGUCGACCGGAUACUAGGCGAUUUGGCUGCGGUGCUGGUUGUGCUGACCAUCGCGUAUAUCCUCUACAAUCGCUUCGUACACCCACUUCGACACAUUCCCGGACCACUUCUAGCAUCCAUCACUCCCUGGGUCCAACUUUACCAUGGACUCAAAGGUGAUCGACACCUCUGGCUCGAUGAAUGCCACCAAAAGUACGGCAGUCAUGUGCGUGUCGCCCCGAACUUCGUCUCAGUGAACACCGAUCGUGGUCUCCACGACAUCUACGGACACGGAAAACGCCUCCAAAAAGCGGAUUUUUACAAUGCCUUCCCAGCCAUCAAAGGCGUGUAUAACACCCACAACGCUAUUGACAAGACUAUGCAUGGCCGCAAAAGACGCGUCCUAAGCCAGGCAUUCUCCGACGCUGCGCUGAAAGGUAUGGAAGAUGUCAUGUUGCUUCAUGUGCGGCAACUCUGCGCGGUCCUUGCCGGAUCCGGAUUCGAAGCAGACGACUCGCAGGAUCGAAAGGGCCUAGUGCGCAACAUGGGCAACUGGUUCAGUUAUCUCUCUUACGAUGUAAUGGGCGAGCUAUGCUUCGGAAAAAGCUUUGACAUGUUGAUCACCGACAGUCGCCGACACAUGAUUGGACUGGUUGAUCGUGCUGCGAACCGGCACUAUGUGUGUGGUCUCUGGAUGCCUCUAGACCGCUGGAACUUGGAUCAGAUCCUCAUCCGCCGCCUCACGCAAGACCGCUGGAACUUCAUCAUGAACUCCCGCGUCGAAGCAAACAAACGAGCACAAGAACGAGCCUCCGCCGGCCGCGAAGCAAAGAAAGAUUUCUUCUACUACCUGCUCAACGCCAAGGAUCCUGAAACAGGCAAAGGCGACACAACCUCCACCACCCUCGCCGCAACUCUCUUCUACCUCGUCCGCUCACCAUCCGCCCUGAAGAAGCUCACGGAAGAAGUCCGCACCGCCUUCACAGAAGUCGAAGAUAUCAUCAGCGGCACCAGACUAAAUGAACUAACCUUCCUAAAAGCCUGCAUCGACGAAGCCCUCCGUCUUUGCCCCGCCGUCCCCGGCGCACCACCCCGCGAAGUAAUGGAAGGCGGCGCCGUCGUCGACGGCAUUUUCCUCCCCGCCGGCACAGACUGCGGCACACCAACCUACUCAAUCCACCGCCAAGAGAAAUACUACCGAGAAGCGCAGCAAUUCAUCCCAGAGCGCUGGAUCGAGGGCGCAACCUGCAGCACCUCAUCCGGUGCUCGCUGGGAAAGCACCAAAGAGGACAUCGAGACAGCGCGUCGGGCAUUUUGUCCAUUUAGUAUCGGGCCUCGUGGGUGUAUUGGGAAGAGCAUGGCGUUUAUGGAGAUGCGAUUGACGCUCGCGCGAUUGGUUUUCCUUUUCGAUAUGAGUCUUGCGGACCGGCAGGGUGAGGAUGAGAAGGGUCAUUUGGCGCUUGUGGAUCAUUUUACUAGUGCGAAGGAUGGGCCGAAUGUUGAGUUUCAAAAAGUUGUGCCUGUUUCUGUUGCGAGUGACUAG